GCAGCCAGCUCCCUCCCGUCAUCCCUCAACUCCCCUUCUCUCCUCCAAGCUAACCCCGGGAAAUGUACGCCAGGCGGUGGGGCUUUCUGCCGCGCGCUAGUACGUCUUGGGAUGGAGCUCGACUUUGGCACCGAGCAAUGGAUGGAUCCACCGCGAAACUGAUCCACCGCGAAACUUGUCCGCCAGAGUACUCGUCGCCGUCGCCGUCACCACUGCCACCACCCUGAACCUUCACGUCCCUCCAGGAAACACAGUCGCUUCUGCUUGCCCGACCACCCGACCGCCGUCACGCGCAGCCUUCUCACACACACAAAGACGCGCCGCAGACAGCAACAAAGACUUGCACAUCCCUCCACUGCGCUCAACUUAGCCACCCCAAACUACGACUCACUUCACCUAAAUCAUCAUGGAUGGAGACGGGGAGAGCGCAUCCCGGCAGAUGCCACAGCCACAAGUCUUCAAGGCCCCAAGGCUAGUUUCGCGCCCGAAACCCCCAGUUCAGCAGGAGGAGGAGAUGGGUAACGAGAUCAAGCUUGGCGACUUCGAGGAUGUCCAUGCCCUGUCCGUAUCCGAGGCGCGCGCUGUCGUAGCCGCUGUCCACGAGGCGAGAAAGAAGAAGGACCCAGAGAACAACCCGCUGCGAGAUAGGAUAUACAAUGACAACCAGAUCAUCACCCACUUCCUAGACUACCUCGAGAAUUUUGCCCGCUACAAGGAGGAGGAGAGUAUCAUCUCCAUUGGCGCCCUGUUCGACACCCACCCUGAGCUCUCAACUGUAGAGCGGGCGCUGUUAGGGACGCUAACGCCCGAGACGGCUGACGAGGCAACGACGCUUAUCCCCUCGUUAAACGACAAACUGCACACGGAUGAACUGCAAGCAAUACUCGACGAGCUGAACAAGAUGCAGGAUCGGCUUCGAUAGAAUCCCACAGGGAACUUUGGCCCAGAGCGGGCUUCCUAGACUAAACAAUUGGCUGCGACCUCCCCUGGCCUACAGCGCAUUCGACGUCUUUCCAGAGCGUUAUGCGCUCAUCGACGCACAUGCGCGGGCACGGAACGACCAUUACGAAAUCGAGGUCUUGAAAGGGGACAGAUGUGUUUGUGUGGCGUAAGUGCAUGGGACGGAGCUUUGACAUUUUCACGAUACCAAAUGAUAGACUCCUAAACUGGAUUGCAGGACACUUAAAAUUGACUCAUUGAUAUCCUUACA